AUGUUCCUCCAUCUCGCCCUGCUCGGGCUGCUCGCGUGGCCGUGUGCGACUGUGCAGAGCUUCCAGAAUGCCUCGAGCACGCAGCCCAUCCUGUCGCCCACGUUGGGUGGGACAGAAUCUUGCAAUAGCGCCUGGCAAUCGUACAGAUCGCGAAUGACAAGACCGUAUGAGACAGACACCGCGACAAUUACAAGGACUCUCACUGUCAGCACCAGCUUGAUGGGCAAACAGACGUGUUCUUCAUACUGUGGAUCAAUCUGCUAUGCAGACACUUUAUCUGUUAAGACUGUCUUGAUUCCUGGGAAGUACACGACGACCGAGUACUCCUUCUCCUCGCGACUCACAUACUCUGGACCUGCGCCGAAUUGUACAGUACCCGCAGCGGAGUGCAAGCAGCUGUGGACCAGCUAUACCUCCGCUGAUAAGGCAUGGAGCAAGACAGGAGGAAUAGGCUCGCCUUUGACGCCUGGCUGCACCGCUGGUUGCCAAAGGACGACAUGCCGCUUUGGAGGAGGCGACAAAGGCGCCAUACCAACACCUGGUGUACAAGAGCGCUAUUGGAACAGUCUGAAGCUAUUCUACUUUCCAGAAACCAGAAACGUGUCGCGAGACAUGUGCGCGACAUCUCCAACUCAAACGCCUGAAUUCCCUAUUUCUUACUCCAGCUACAUUCCUACUACUACCGAAGGUUUCGUCGUUCAGGAUGGGAAAACACUAUACAAAGGUAAUGUUUACAUCUCUGUCGAUCAGUUGGAAGUAGGCGAUAACUGCGGUUACACUACCGUGAUGCAUGACAUCGCAUUUCCGGUUGCAUCUUCUGAUGUUCAGUCUCAACGAGCCAUGGAGGUCAACCCGGUCAGCGGUAAAUAUUGGCCUGUGAAUUGGGCAGAUUUCGACGAACCAGUACCGUAUAGUGCAUACGUUGGAGGUCAGGGGAUGAGUUUCUCCGCCAUCCCUCCUGAACAACUCCUCAGCUCUUCGGUAUACUGCAAGACGGCCAUCUGCGACAGGUCUGCAGUCUUGCCCGGGCAAUACAAUCCUUGGAUGAUUCUUCCGCUUGCGAUCAAGGGUUUGGAUCCCGAGUUCGCCGAUUGCGAAAUUCCAGAUGGCUACACGUGGUUCGAUCCUCCAAUAGCUCUUCACAGCGCGCCCAAUUUCCUCACUACAAAGUCGCCUGAUCCAGCGAGCACUCCAGCUACACCAGCCAGCUCAGUAAUCGCGCUGCCCGCUAAAACAUCGAGUCCCGCAGCAGCCGAACCGCCUUCUUCUGCGCCUCCUCCAUACGAUCCUCCUACCAACAACGAUCCCCCGACGGACAACCCUUCGCCAUACGAUCCUAACAAUCCGCCAACCGCCAAUCCUCCGACGAAUAAGCCUCCGACUUACAACCCUCCUUCCAACAAUCCAGCACCCGAUGGCAAUAACCCGAAUGGUGGACAAAGCCCAAACAAUCCUGCGUAUACUCGACCAGCACAGGCCGAUCCAGCAUCAAGGCCACAAAUAACAGUCGGUCCUACCGUCAUCCCCAUUGCUCCAGAUGGCCAGGGUCUUGUCAUCCACGCACCUACCACUAUCGCUCCAGACGGCUCAGCCGUCAUCGGCAGUACAACAUAUCACCUGUCCUCCGGCGUUCUAACCAUGGUGUCCUCGGGCGGUACAUCAUCAAUCACACUAGGAGACGCAGCCCAGAAUGCUGUCGGCACCGUCGUUGGUCUCGGCAACGGAGGAUCCUUCACGAUAGCCACAGCCGGCUCUUCUCUGGUGUUCGAUGUGAAGACCACGAUCGAGGAUGGAGAUCCCGCGCAGACGAUAGGAGAUAUGGUAGUCUCCGUAGGCAGUGACGGUGUGCAUAUCAGCAACAUGAAGAACGGAGAACAGACAACCAUUGCUUUCACCGACGUUGAGGGGGUGGUCACCGGUCGCGAAGGGAGCUUCAACGCUGCUGCAUUCACGGGCGCGACGUUCGGCGAUGAAGGGUUCGGCGCGGCAUCGGCGUACAACACUGGAGAUUCUACGGGAGAUGCUCAGGGCGGGUCUGCUGUAACGAGCAAGACUGGGGCAGCGUCGACGGGAUCAAUUGGAGAAGGAAGUGAUCCGGCCAGUACAAGACGUUCUUCCGCAUCCGGCACUGGCUCAGCAGGUGCUAACGGCGGCGAGAGCGAAACAGGGGUACCAUCGAGUCCGACAAACAAGGGCGCAGCGGCGUCGGUUUCGGCUCCAUGGUAUUUUGGGUUUCUUUCAAUAUGCAUACUUGUAGCGCAUUUGUAA